GAACAUUUAUAUGUGUAAAUAUCUGCAAAUAACUCCAUUUCCAUCUCCAUCUCUGCUGAGGCAUGAGAAAAUGUCUGUAGUUACGACAGACCCGCGCUUCCUCCUCCUCCACCACCACCGGCGGGCUACGUCUUUCAAACCUGUCUCAAAGUUCAAGCUUAUUUCCCAGAGGCGCCAACCUUUUCACCUAAAUUGCAGGCAGACCCCAAACAGCCGCGGAAAUGUUGGCACCCGCCAUUCCUGCCCGCUCAACGCUUUAAGCUCUUCCGGAUCCUCCGUCGUUGAAACCUCCGAAUCAUCGGAUGUCACUUUCAGAGAAACUUUCCGUUUACAGAGACCUGAAAAGCUGGAAGGAAAGAUAACAAUCAGAUUAGACCAUGGAGAAAAUGAAGAGUAUGGGAAGCUUACCGUGGGUUGUAAUUUACCUGGAAAGUGGGUUCUUCACUGGGGAGUUAAUUACGUUGGUGAUGUUGGCAGCGAAUGGGAUCAACCGCCUCUCGAUAUGAGACCUCCAGGUUCUAUUCCCAUUAAGGAUUAUGCAAUUGAGACUCCUCUUGGAAGAUCACCUGCACUAUCGGAAGGAGAAGUAUUUUAUGAAGUGAAGAUUGACUUUAGUACAAACAGUUCAAUUGCAGCUAUAAAUUUUGUACUGAAGGAUGAAGAAGGUGGGAAUUGGUAUCAGCAUAGAGGAAGGGAUUUUAAAAUUCCUCUAAUUGAUUAUCUUCAAGAUGAUGGCAAUAUUUUAGGAGCCAAGAAGAGCUUGGGACUAUGGCCAGGGGCUUUGGGACAAAUAUCCAGCGUGAUUCUUAAAUCCAAUACUGCUGAUUAUAAAGGGGAUGACAUUGUAGAAUCUAACUUGCAAAAGAGGCCUCUUCAAGGUUUUUAUGAGGAGCACUCUGUCUUUAAAGAAUUUGUUACUGAUAACGCAAUGAGCAUAUCUGUGAGGUAUUGCCUCGAGAGAGCCAAAAAUAUUUUGUUUAUAGAAACUGAUUUACCUGGAGAUGUAGUCCUACACUGGGGUGUUCACAAAGAUGAAAGUAAGAGUUGGGAAAUCCCGCCUGAGCCAUAUCCUCCUGAAACAACCAUGUUCAAGAAUAAGGCUCUGCGGACUCUCUUGCAGCAAAAAGAUGAUGGAUGUGGUUCUUGGGGGUUAUUCACAUUGGAUGAUGUAUUCUCGGCGUUUGUUUUUGUGCUGAAGCUGAACGAAAACACGUGGUUAAAUUGCAAAGGGGAUGAUUUUUUCAUACCCUUGACAAGGUCAGUGGUUACAGAUAAAGAUUCUGGCCUAACUCAUUCUCAAGAUGAGGAACAGCUUAAGGAUUUUGGCUCUUCAGAGAAAUUUGGUGAUACUUCUGAUUCAAAUCAAGCAGGUCCAGCCUACGCAGAUGGUAUCAUUAAUGAGAUACGGAAUUUAGUGAAUGACAUUUCCUCUGAAAAACAUGGAAAAACAAAAAGCGUAGAAGCACAAGAGAGCAUUCUCCACGAAAUUGAGAAGCUUGCUGCAGAAGCCUAUAGUAUCUUUCGAAGUUCUAUGCCUACAUUUAUAGAUACCAAUCUGUCAGAAGAUGAGGAUUUACAACCCCCUGUAAAAAUAUCUUCAGGGACUGGUUCAGGAUAUGAAAUCCUGUGCCAGGGAUUUAAUUGGGAAUCUCAUAAAUCAGGAAAUUGGUAUAUGGAGCUUCAUGAAAAAGCCUCGGAAUUAUCAUCCCUUGGUUUUACUGUGAUAUGGUUACCUCCACCUACUGAUUCCGUGUCUCCUGAAGGCUACAUGCCCCGGGAUUUGUACAACUUAAACUCCAGGUAUGGGAACCUUGAUCAAUUAAAAGUUCUUGUGAAGAGACUUCAUGAAGUGGGUAUAAGGGUACUUGGGGAUGUUGUCUUAAACCACCGUUGUGCACAAUAUAAGAAUCAGAAUGGUGUCUGGAAUAUUUUUGGAGGUCGGUUAAACUGGGAUGAUCGUGCAGUUGUUGCUGAUGAUCCGCAUUUCCAGGGAAGGGGCAAUAAGAGUAGUGGAGAUAACUUCCAUGCGGCUCCUAACAUUGAUCACUCUCAAGAGUUUGUGAGGAAGGAUAUCAAAGAAUGGUUAUGCUGGUUAAGAGAAGAAAUUGGCUAUGAUGGAUGGAGGCUUGAUUUUGUGCGGGGUUUUUGGGGCGGCUACGUCAAAGAUUACUUGGAAGCAAGCGAACCUUACUUUGCUGUGGGGGAGUUCUGGGAUUCUCUUAGUUAUACUUACGGUGAGAUGGAUCAUAAUCAAGAUGCACAUAGACAGAGAAUUGUAGAUUGGAUUAAUGCUACGAAUGGAACUGCUGGUGCAUUUGAUGUCACGACAAAAGGAGUUCUUCAUUCAGCACUUGAAAGAUGUGAGUAUUGGCGAUUAUCAGAUGAGAAAGGAAAACCUCCAGGAGUGGUGGGAUGGUGGCCAUCUAGGGCUGUUACUUUUAUUGAGAAUCACGAUACUGGUUCCACUCAGGGUCACUGGAGAUUCCCAGGUGGAAAAGAAAUGCAAGGUUAUGCCUAUAUAUUAACUCACCCUGGAACACCAUCGGUAUUCUAUGAUCACAUUUUCUCCGAAUAUCAAUCCCAAAUAUUGGCACUCAUCUCUAUCAGAAAGCGUCAAAAGAUCCACUGUCGGAGCACAGUUAAAAUAGUCAAGGCAGAGAGAGAUGUUUAUGCAGCAAUUGUUGAUGAAAAGUUGGCAAUGAAGAUUGGACCUGGUCAUUUUGAACCCUCAAAUGGUGCACAAAACUGGUCUGUGGCCAUUGAGGGCAGAGAUUACAAGGUUUGGGAAGUAUCAUCAUGAAUAAAUGCGAACUUGAGUUAUUGUCUCCAGCCUAUAUAAGUUUAUCGAAGAGGUAUAUUAGUGACAUCUCAAAACUAUUCUGCAAAUGCUGUUACAGUCCUCAUGUUUGCUGCUUCAGGAUCCGGCUUUGGGCCUUUGUUGAACCGAAAUGGUCUUCAACUUAGUUAAAGGAAACAGAAAAUAAGACCAUCUCAUGGUAAAAUGAGAAAUUGAAGUGUGAGGCUUGAAACUGGAUUACUCAUCCAAAUUGGAGCUAAGCGAUGGGUUUUCACAGCCUUGCAUAUGCUGCAUAUGCUCCUAACAACUGUAUGUAUACUUUACCAAAAAUUAUUAUAUGUAUAUAUUUGUUAGUAUGUUGUAUAAAAGUAAGGGGGCGAGUGAUAUACUCUGUAAUAUUGCUGUAUAAACUGUUUUGGCAGAACGCAUGGAGUAGCCCAGUGCAUCUGAAGAAAAUCCCCUCUUUUAUGUCUUGAAAUACAAUCUAAUAAUGUAUUUGUACAUUUUCUUUUUCUUAUUUCA